AGAAAUUGUGUAAUUGUUAUCCUCCAUUAUGCAUCAGUUAUUCUAUAUUGAAAAACCAUUCUUUUGUCACGUGAUAUCAAUGGACACUAAGUAACUUCCGUAUAGCAGUAUUUAGUUAUAAUUUUCCAAAUGGAAUAAUAGCGAGUAAAGAAAAAUGAAUUCCAAAGAAGACAUCCAUACAAGACUGCUUACAAAAUUAACAGAAUAUAUAGAUGUUACAAUAAAUGAACAUGCAUUCCUAUCAUUAAAAAAGCUAUUGUUACUAACUCCAAAGGAAAAUAUAGAAGCUAAUAGAAUGUCAUCUCUACUGACCAUAUUAGAAAGGAAUGAUAUUAUAGCACCAGGAAAAUAUAAAAAAUUGAAAGACGCAUUAUCGAACAUUGAUGUUAGAAUAAAUAGAGAGGUAAUAGAACCAGCUGAAGCAGAAAUCCAAAUAUUAGAAUCAAAAAUGUUAACAUCUCAAGGACGAACAGAGAUUGUACCACAUACUUCUCAGGAAACAGUCCCUUAUUACAGUUUGGAGCAUCCAGGUCUAGAUUAUCAACUCAAUAUUUUUUUAAUAAAAAUUGCACGGGAACUGGUUGCAGAGGAUAUAGAAAAUAUGAAAUUUCUACUUGGAGGGGAAUGUGGAACUGCAAGAUCAGUUUUAGAACAAAUAUUAACGCCACUGAAGCUUUUUGACCAUUUGAUAAAAGAUGGUAAAUUGUCACGGGAUAAUAUUUUAUUCCUGCAAGCAAUGCUAUUCCAUGCUAGGAGGAUCGAUCUAUUUAAACAGCUGAUGGACUACGGAAAACACUAUAGGAAUAUUUUGCAUUUUUAUGAACCUAGUGGUAAUCCAGCAAACGGUUACCGAGAUGUCAAAUUUCAUGUUGCUUGUAAAGAAAAUCUAAGUAGAAAUGAGUUGGAAGACAUUAGGACCAUGGCUGCUAAAUACAUGUGUGUGGCAGUACAUUUAGUAUUUAUCAGAGGUUGUGAGGUCAAAAAUAGCUUUUUAAUUACAAUAAUGGUUCCUGAAGUAUGUUUAGAGUACCUGUUGAAUUUAGAUUCUUCUGAAAAACAGUCAUUCCUGUCUCUUGGAAUAGACUUUCUCAUGGUGGACGACAAGAAGUUUUGCACAAAAGAAGGCUUAAUUGAAAAAGAGGAGCUAACUUCUGACAACCAAAUCGUCUUGAAUCUUAAAUACUAUAUGCAGCAAACUGCAACGCUACAAAAAAAAUUAGAACAAUACCAGUUGAAAGAAAUGGCAAAACAUGUACCGCAUUGUUCUGCUUAUUCAAGUAUAUCCUGGACUCUAACAGCAGCAAUGUUUUACCUCAUCUUACGAGAUCAAAGAAAAGGUCCUUUGGAGUCCGAUAGUAAAGCUAAUUCUAGCAACGUCUAUUUUAAGUUGAUGGAAAAGAUUAAAUCCCUUAAUUAUGACAUGGAAUUAAUUGAAAGUCUGCUUGAAGCAAGGAGUUUGGUUGAACGAAAAUUAAACAUGGAAAGCCAUCGAUUAUUAAUGAUCCAGCAGACGGCUCACAUGCAAAUGCUGGAACAUAUGAUAGAACGGGCAAAAUUCAAAGAAAAUAAGCUAAAAUUUCUACUGCAAAUAGGCUUAAAUGAUCCAAUUCUAUCAGAGAAAGAUGAAAUUAUAUUUCAUCUGCAACAGCUGCAGCCAUUUCUGACUGAAAACAUACAAAUCGAAGUUGGAGUAGGACAGAGCAUAGACAGAGAUCAAAUCGAACCUAUUUUCACGAAAAUGAGUGCUGAACUUCAAGAAAAAGAUAUGCGGAGGCUACGAAAAACGUUUCAGGUUAAUCCAGAUGAAGAAACCAUGCUAAGGAAUCUUAAUCAUUGUUUCAUUCAAAUCUUAGCAAUUUUUAAAGCAAAUCGAACUGGGAUGGUUGAUAUAGAGAAAUUUGGUGAAAAAAUAAUAUCUGCUGUCGAUCGAAAAGACUUUGAAGACAAAUGGAAAGAAUGUAUCGACGAUAUUGUAGAAGGUCAGAAGCAAAAGGGGGCAGAUGCAGGAAAGGAUAAAGAUAGUGAGGUUUUCCAUCAGCUUGCAUCAGUGAAUAAAAAAAUGGCUAAUGUCGAAAAUCUAAUUAGAAAGUCAAAAUCAUCAUUCAAAUUCGAUGAUAACGAGGACAAUAUUAUGGAAUUGUUAAAUUACCUAUCUCGUAAGCAAACAACAACAGAACCUUUUGCAUAAUUCAAUCAAUUUCUAUAUUGUUUUCGUAUUUACUCAGACUAAUGUAAUUCGUAUCAAAUGGAUAUAUUAUUGUACUUUGAUAUUAUUUAUAGAGAAGAACUCAAAUAUUAGAUAAUCACUACGACUGAAAUCUAAAUAGAAACAAUUGUACAUCAGUGCUAUACUUUCUUUAUAUGCAUACACAUUUGUAUCUAGUGUGAUUCUUGAUUUUAUAUACAUCAUGUACAUUGUGCUCAUUUAAAUCAUAAAAUAAUAGUAUUUAAGUAUUUUUUUACUUCAUAUAAGAAUGCUAUUUCCAUUGUCCAGUGUAAUACAUGUGUAUGCAUGAUUUGUACAUUAUAAUCUAUUCAACCAUUACGAGACUUGUUUGAAAAAUAUUUAUCAAAGCAAUAAAUGUAAACAAAACGCGAUAUAAACUGACAUUUAAUUUCAUUAUUAUUUAACAACUUAAGUGCCACUUAAUAAAUGCAAGAAAAGAAGUUCAAAAAGCGUUUCAAUCUUUAAAGGUCUCACGGUGAUAUAUGGAGAACCCUUUUUAGAAUUAAUUGAAGUUCAAACGGAAUUUGAUCGAGCACUUAACAAAGAUUAAGUACCAUUUUCAUCUUUUUAAUAUCUACCAUUUUUCGAACUAUGGUUUUUGAUUUUUGACAAAAUUCUAAAUCUUUUUAGAUUCUGGAUGAUUAAUCGAGAAUGACAUUUUAAAAUCGACUGACAUAUUAUAGGGAUGUUAUGGGCCACUCAAAAGAUCGAUUUUCCCUUAAAUUUUUAAAAAUGAAUUUAGAGUUAUUCGUUUUAUUACAUUUGUAUGAUUUUUACUUUUUCAUUCCUUUCUAAAUUGAAAUAAAUACUUGCUGUUCGU